CUUUCUUUCUUUAUGGACCAAUAAUCUCAACUUCUCCUUCUUAUUGCCCAAAUCCAACUCCAUUUUAUUAUUAUUUUUUUCCUAUUAUAUCAUUUAAUUAUGUUCUUGAAAUUAUUAAACAAUUUUUCUUUAAAAAGAAAAACCAUUUUGUUUGGGAUCUCCUCUUUGUCUUCUUUCUGCAAAUUUUCUUGGCUUAGGUGCUCAAGCUCUUAACUUUCUAGGAACUAGAACCACCCCGUCUUUCUUUCUGAUCUUUUAAUGCAUAAAUAUUUUAAAAAAAUGAUUUUUCAAGUAACCUAAGAACUUGAAAACUCAGUCAAUAAUAUCUUUAAACUCAUUUUUAUCAACUGUAAAGAAAAAAGAAAAAAGAAAUAAAGAAGAGAAAAUCAUCAAUCUUUACAUCAGAGUAAUGGAAACCUUGUAGUAGUAUAUUCAUCUCUGUGUCUUCAAAGUCCAAGGCUUAUUUUCAAUGUUAUAUUAAUUGAUAUAUAGCUAGUAAAUGAGAUCUUCUGCAACCUAAGCUUCUUACUUAAUUGACAUUUUGGUUUGAACUUGUAAUAUUCAACCUUGUACUGUUGGAACCAACUCAAAGAAGAGAAAUUCUCUGAUCAUCCUUCACUGCCAAGUGUUUCCCUCGCUACAGCUCAGUUAGAUGUUAUAGACUGAGAAAUGAGGGGCAUUAAAAUACUUAAAUUGGCACACCAGCGAUAAAAUGUAAUCAACAGAUAUUCUUUCAAAAUGGAAAUCAAGGAAGCAGAGAGGGUAGUUAUAGCAAAACCAGUAGCUUCCAGGCCUACGUGCUCCAAUUUUAGGUCUUUCUCAGAGCUCCUUGCAGGUGCUAUUAAUGUUCCCCCUAAUAUAUGUUCUGAAACCACAGUUCCUGCCAUUAGACCAAAGACAGUAAGAUUCAAGCCAAUGACAAAUCGUGCUCCAGCUGCGUCAGUUUCUUCCCAGGCUGACCUCUCCGGAACAGCAGUUUGUGAUUCACCUGAUAAAGUUUUAAAAUCAGAAAUUAAACCUACUGUCAUAUAUAAACCACAGGCCAAGCUUGUGUCAAAGACAACAGUUUCUCUUUUGGCAAAUAUGGGAAACUUCAAUGCUAGUAGUCAACAACAAACACUACCAUCAGUUGAGGCUCGAGUCCAACAUCCAAACCAAGAAGAGCACAAUUUUACAUCCCAGCUUGCAUCAAAUUUUCUUCAGAAUAUUCCUUCUCAUGCUCCAGCAGAACAGACAACUGAACCUCCAAGGUUAACAUCUCAAAACCAGGAAGAGGAUCCAAAAACCUUAUCUGCUGCAUCUAACGGGGAUCGACCAUCUUAUGAUGGUUAUAAUUGGAGAAAAUAUGGGCAAAAGCAAGUAAAAGGAAGUGAGUAUCCACGAAGUUACUACAAGUGCACACAUCCAAAUUGUCCAGUGAAAAAAAAGGUUGAAAGAUCAUUGGAUGGACAGAUUGCAGAAAUUGUAUACAAAGGUGAACACAAUCAUUCAAAGCCUCAACCUCCUAAACGCAACUCAUCCGGAAUGCAAGGGCUAGGAAUUGUAUCCGAUGGAAAUGGUCAAGAUAAGACCAUCGCGUUAUGGAAUAAUCACCUCAAUGAAAGGAAUGAAAGUUCUGAAGGUAGAGUUGAAAAUCAGAAUGACAUAGGAAUACCUGUUCAUUUAACUUGUCAGGCCAAAGCUCACCCAUCUCAUGAUGCUGCUGGAGCUGGUCCAAUUAAUGCUGGCGCUGUAACUUCUGAUAACUCUUGUGGUCUUAGUGGGGAAUGUGAUGAUGGAGGCAAAGGACUGGAGGGAGAUGAUGAUGAGCCUAAAAGUAAAAGGAGGAAAAAUGAUAAUCAAUCAAAUGAAGCAGGCAUACAUAGGGAAGCUGCACAAGAGCCCCGUCCAGUGGUACAAAAUUCCACAGAAACUGAGAUUGUAGGUGAUGGUUUUCGCUGGCGAAAAUAUGGGCAGAAAGUUGUGAAGGGAAAUCCAUAUCCCAGAAGUUAUUAUAGAUGUACUGGGCUGAAAUGCAACGUUCGCAAGUAUGUAGAGAGAGUAUCAGAUGAUCCGGGAGCUUUUAUUACAACUUACGAGGGGAAACAUAAUCAUGACAUGCCUCUGAGGGGCACAGGUUCAGCAGCAUCUGAAACCAAUUCACAGGCUCCCGCUAGUAGAAGCAAGGCUUGAACUUAAAAAGGUUAUGGAGGCUAGUUAUUUGAAACUUGAUGUCUAUUCUGACCAACAAAAAAGAAUUCACCGGCAGUUGGAGAUAAAUAAUAGUGAGAAGUUGUAAAAUCUGCUUCAUGACUAUGUUCUGCGGAAUUUGCAAUAUCUUUAUCCUGUGAAAUACCAGUAGCAGGAGCUUGAUGGUUAUUGGUGAAGACAAUCAUAUGGGUUCACUGAUUCAGAAUAUUGGCCAUGCUAUUUUCCUCA